AUGGCGCCUCAUAUGGCCACCGACGAGUUCUUCUCAGCUCUCACCGAGCUCCUCUCCAAGACUUCCCAGAAAGCCCGAGGCUCCGUCUUCCUUUCUCAAAAGCCCCUGAUCGACGGCGUUACCAACGGCCAACCCUCUAUCCUUAUCCGCGCUUCCAAUGGCAACACCGACGCAAAGAAACCUAUUGGCAAAGACGGCAAGAUCGAUAAGACCAAGGUUUCCAAAGCCUCAAAAGUCAAAUUCUCCACUGUUGUUCCUGCGGAUCAGCUUGAGGCGUUCUACACUCGGUAUGCGGAUGUGUGCAAGGCCGGCAUGACGGGCCUGAAGAAGCGUGAUCGCAGCAAGCGCAAGGCGAAAGGCAAGGGUGCAUCCAAGGCCACCAAGGCGUGA